AUCAGCAUCUUUUCUCUCGAAUUGUUGCCCUAAUCAUGGCGUCCACCCUCGACUUCCGACGCCUCGACGAAGGCCUCGGCGGCCAGAAGAACAAGCGGAAGCGUCCCGAACCCGGCGGCGGCCCUGACUCGAUGGAUGUUGAUCCUCUCUCCGACGCCGCCACCGCCACCGUCUCCCUCCCCCCGCCCGCCAAGCGGCCCGCCCUCCCCUCCCUCGAGGAUCCGGAGAAGCCCGCGUUCGGUCGCCCCACCUACGAUGGCAUCAUCGCCGGCAGGGUCUCCGGCCGUAAGUGGAAGCAGCCCCGCGCCCAGCGAACCUCCGCCUGUGCCGUCUCCCUCCGCCGGCCUUCCCUCGACGUCCGGACCAAGGAGAAGGAGCUGAAGCGCGCGUACAAGGAGCGAAUGGCGGAGCUGAAGGAGGAGAUCCGGCGGAACAAGGAGGAGAAGCGGAAGCGGAGGGAGGAGAACGAGAAACGGAAGCAGGAGAACACGCUGCGGUCGGGCACCAAGCUGCAGAAGAUCACCAACCCCAAGACCCUGAAGAAGAUCGCCAAGUCGAAGCAGAGGAAGCAGCUUAAAGUGGUUCCUGAUGAACUGUUCAACAAGAACGGUGGCAUCAAGAACAAGAAUUAGGCCGGUUGGAGCCUGUCGACCCUUUUUCCAAGUUAAAGUUUUGAUCUUUUUUUCCGAGUACAUCUGUAAUUGUUGGAAGAUUUCGCCAAGAACUCGUGACUGUUGCUGGUGUCUUAUUCAAUCUUAAAUAUGGUAUGGAAGUGACGUUAGGCUUUA